AUGGAUAUGUAUCGUUACGUUUACCUUCCAUCGACGGAGAAAUCUGGCUUGCCGGAGAUGCAAAAUGCCUUCACGUCACAAAAUCUCCCACAAAUGCACGAAAAUUUCGCGUCAACGUACUUGUCGUCGUACGAAAUGAUGCAUUGCGGCGCCUCGGAUGGCUACCAAACAGCAUCUCCCGACAGUUUGCGCUCCUCCAGCCCGGAAUAUAUCUCCAUUGGCGGUGCUCCCGAUACUUAUCACGUUCCAACGUUUCCUGAUGCCGCAUUAAAUGGCUCCCUGCCCGUGUCAAUGUUCAAAUCGGAGCCCGUCAAAGCAUCUCCUGCGGAAAAACCGAAACGAAAAUACACGAAAAAAGACACAAAAAUCACGCCAACCAUCAAAGUCGAGUCAUCAGGCUUCGAAUCGCCCGAUUGCAGCAGCAGCAACGAAGAAUCUCUCCUCAACGACAGCAACUCCUCGAAAGUCGGACAGAAAAAACGUCGCGGUAAGAUGGUGCCUCCUGUCGUGAAGAAAAAGCGUCGUUUAGCGGCAAAUGCUCGAGAACGUCGCCGCAUGCAAAACUUGAACACCGCUUUUGAUCGUCUUCGGCAAUACCUUCCAUCGCUCGGAAAUGACCGACAAUUGUCCAAACAUGAAACUCUUCAGAUGGCUCAAACGUACAUCACGGCGUUGUGUGAAUUGUUGAACUAA